CGGACAUGUGACCGCGCACACAGGAAGAAGAGUCAAGAAAUGAGUCAGAGAUUCCUCCUCCGCAGGGAGAAGAAACCCCCCGGCCCGCCACCAUGCCGUGCCGCGGCUUGCUCGCUCUGUGUCAGUACGACACCAACAAGCUGGUCCGGAUCCAGAGCGUCCGGCUCGGCUCCCUGAAGUGGGGCCUGAACGGGACCGUCCUGCUGUUCAUCUGCAUCAUGAUGCUGUGGAACAGAAGCUACCAGGAGUUUGACCUGGUGGUGAGCUCGGUCACCGCCAAGGUGAAGGGUGUAGCUCAGGCGCACCUGCCCGGGGUCGGGGACGUGGUCUGGGAUGUGGUGGACUACAGCGGACCCUCGCAGGAAAAAAACUCCUUCUUUGUGGUGACCAAUGUCAUUGUGACAAAGAAUCAGAAGCAGGGAAAAUGCCCAGAGGUUCCCCUUAAGGGCAGACUGUGUCAGACCGAUAAGGACUGUGAGAGAGGAGCCUGGGACAAGCAGAGCCAUGGGAUUCAGACGGGCUCAUGUGUGAGGUUCACCUUGUUGAAGAAAACCUGUGAGGUUUCUGCCUGGUGUCCGAUAGAAACCAAGACCGCCCCUCCGAGGCCUGCUCUGCUGGCGGCGGCCGAGAACUUCACAGUCCUCAUCAAAAACAACAUCAGGUUCCCUGCCUUCAACUUCAUCCGGAGGAACAUCCUCCCGGAGAUGAACGACGCCUACCUGAGGAGCUGUCAGAGAGGAAACGACUCGCUGUGUCCGAUCUUCAGAUUGGGAGACGUGGUUCGAGAGGCCGGGGAAAGGUUCUCUGAAAUGGCCGUAGAGGGUGGCGUCAUCGGCAUCCUGAUCAAGUGGGACUGCAACCUGGACCGGCUCAUGCAGCGCUGCCUGCCCAGAUACUCCUUCAGACGGCUGGACGAGAAGGAGAGCAACAAGACGCUGUACCCCGGCCUCAACUUCAGGUAUGCAAAGUACAACACAGUGAACGGAGUGGAGGAGCGAACGCUGUACAAAGUAUUCGGGAUCAGGUUUGACGUCAUGGUGUUCGGACAGGCGGGAAGGUUCAGCUUCAUUCAGCUCAUCAUCUACAUCGGAUCAACGCUGUCGUACUACGCUCUGACGACCCUGUUGCUCGACUGGCUGAUUGGAACCAGGUGUUACUCUGCAGAGGUCGGACAAAACUACUCCGAGAGGAAAGUGGAGCCCGUCCAGGACAAACAGAAGUGUAUCCUCUGCGUGUCCUACGUUGAUGAGAACAACGUUCGACUGGUGAAGCGAUCGCAGAAGAAAAGUCUACAAGACGUCAAACCAAUGUCUGUUCAGCCGCGUAAGGAGGACACAGGUCACCUGAGAGCCGUUCUCUGUCUGCUGCAGCCGGGCGUCGGUGUGGAUCGUGGCGCUGAGCCUCCCCUCGACCGCAAAGCCGACCCGAAGCCCAAACCGCAUCGUCCAGCCUGGUGUAAGUGCGACUGCUGCAAUCCCUCCUCUCUCCCGCAGGAGGAGCUGUGCUGCAGGCGGAGCGACGGCGCCUGCGUCACCUCGUCUCCUCUGUUUGAGCAGCUGGUGUUACAUCACCCCCUGCUGGAGGCUGUCCUUCUCUACCGGGACCCUCUGUCUCCACCUGCUGAUCGAGGCCAGACCACCGCGCUGCGCCACUGCGCCUACAGGCAGUACAUCAGCUGGAGAUUCGGAGUCCCACCUAACGACACCCACCCCGCCAUCCCCAGCUGCUGCGUUUGGAGAGUCAGGGAGGAGUACCCGAGCCCAGACGGACGGUACAGCGGCUUCGAACCCGCCAGGACGGUGUCCAUGAAGGCCUGCACCAACGGAGAGCUAUGAUGAACGGGGGUGAACUCCGUCGAAUGGUGUCUGGUGUGAGAUGGUGUCGGAGCUUCAAUUUUGGGGAUUAUCCAGCAGGGCUCGAAGGCAGGUUCAGAGAGAUUGAGCAGCUGCUCUGGCUGAGAAAAGAGAAAACACCGCUAAUGGUCCAAAAUAAGUCCAUACGUCUCCAGCAAAGAUAAGAAACGUGAUUUAUCAUAUCAGGACAUGCUUUCAGUGCGAUAACUGGAGGAGGUGGUCAUAGAUUAACCAUAAUCCCUGCUGCAUUUGAGACAGCCCACCUCUACACAAAUUAUCUAAAUGUGCUGAAAAGCGAGACAAACCAAAAUCAGACAAAUAAGGAAUUGAUACAUUUAUAUUCUAACAAAACAGAGGUCUUGUGAAACCGGCUUGUGCUGAACUGCUGUACUUUAUGGUUCAGACCAGCAUUUCUUUAUUUUCUUUCUUUUUUUUUUUUUAAUUUUUU